GUGGAGCGGGUGCGCGAGCUCGGCGGCGCCCGCGAGCGCUCGGACGAGCAAGGCGUCGUAGGCCGCGGCGGCGUCGGCCGCGAGCGGCGAGUGCGCGCCCUGGCGCGCGUCCGUCUCCGUCAGCACGGCGCCGGGGACCUGGAACGCGGCGACGGCGUCGCGCGAUCCACUCACGACGCGGACGCCGGGGCAGAGGUCGUGCGACACCGCUAUUUCGCCGUGCUUCGACGCGUCCGCGAGGCCGUCUUCGACGUCCGCGUCUCCCACGACCGACACCGCCUUCGCCGAGACGCCUUUCAACGCGUCGUGGCGCGCGUCCACGAGCUCGAGCGCCGCCUCGAGGCUCAGGGCGCCGCAGAACACGAGCGCCGCUGCCUCGCCCGCGGCGCCUGCGCGGGACCCGUCACGCGCGUCGACGGCGCUCGGGGACGCCGGCAACGCGCCAAAGCCGCAGACCGCGCCCACGUCGGCCCGGGCCAGUUGACCGGAGCGCAGCUUCGCCUCGAGCGCCGCCAGCGGCAGCACGACCCACGCGUCGCGCCGGGCGCGCUCGUCGCCGGCCAGCGCGGCGCGCGGCGCGUAGCCCCGGAGCGUCGCGGCGGCCUCGAGGAACGCCGCGUCCGCGCCCACGAAGUCGCGCUGCGUGACGGCGCGCUCGCCCGGGAAGAGCACGGCUACGGCUCGCGGCGGCCCGAGCGGCGUCGUCGCGCGGCAGCGGACGGCUUCGAGCGGCUCGGCGGCCAACUCGUCGAAGAACACUUCCGCGAGGCGCCAGCCGUCGGCCGGUCCCCGGAAGCACUCGGGGUCGUCCUCCACGUAGUGCGCGAAGGGCUUCGGGACGACGUCGUGCUCUUCAAUCACGUAGCCGCGCGGGAGCGCGCCGUUCACGGCGUUGCGCAGCGCGCCGACCGUCGCGUCGAGUGGCACCUCGACGCGUAGUUCGUUGCGGUGCCGGUCGGUGAGUUCGACGGCGAUGGACAUGGUCGUAGCGCAGGCGUCUGCCGCGCUUUUUUUUUGUGGCUGUGUACACAGGCUUUUGCGGUGCGAUAGUUUUUGUGCGUCGCGUUGGCGUGCGAACCGCGGCUUCACCGCAGCGUGUUACAGUAUUGCCAGUAUAUUAACGUACGUUGUGCUUAUAAUUGCCCGAUCGGGCGUUAUAUAUAGUAUAAAGUCGCCUUGCCUCUCUC